GCCUAUACAGUUGUGUACGUUAAGGACAUGGCAAAGUCCUUGGAUUUUUACGCGAAAGCUUUCGGGUACAAUGUUCAUCUCCUGGAUGACUCGCACCGAUGGGGAGAGCUGGAGAGCGGACGUCCACAAUAGCUUUCAGUCUUUCACUCCGCAGCACCAGCACGAGACUGAUGAUCUAUCUGGAAAUGUCCGUGUACUGCACACGGGUAGGGAGCGAGCCCCAGUAGAGGUCUGUUUUGCUUACACCGACGUUUGAUGCUGCCUUCAAGAGAGCGGUGGACAACGGCGCCGUGGCAGUGAGUGAGCCAGAGGACAAGGAGUGGGGGCAGAGAGUUGGAUAUGUGCGUGACCUUGAUGGCAUUGUUGUUCUUUUGGUUUUGCCAACAAUUUAUCAAAUGUUUUUUUUCUCUAAAAUAUGUAUUCAACCAUAUUAUGGAAGUCAAGCUCCCUAUUUUUAUGAUAGUUAAUUUUGAAUUUUUUAGGAGUUUCAAGUUUCAAAGAGUGUUGAAUACAAUUAAAAAUUUUAG